AUGGAUGAAAUCAAUUUUAAUCCAUUGCGAAUUAUCGAGGAUGAAAUACCAUCAAAUAGUGAUAAGAGCACUGAUAAUGAUUCGAAUGGAGAAAUAUUUGACUUUAGUGCCAGUGACAUUGAAGAGUUGGAAGGUUAUGGAAGUAGUAAAACAGAUGAGUUUGAAAGUCUGCAAAGUAAACAAAGAAAUAGCUUAUUGAUUAUUGAAGACAAAGAUCUGAUAAUGGACAGAAAUGAAGAUUUUAAUAAUAAUAAUUGCGAUAGCAUUCAUCGACUAUCAUUGCAAGUCGAGAGUGGCGAUAGCGAUAGUCUCGUAAUGACAAACGAGGCAGUUAAUCGUACAAUCAUACGAAUAGGUUCGAAUUGUAUCGAUUUCGAUGACUCAAAUGUCAAUGAUAUUUAUAUACAGCCACAACAGCAGCAACAACAACUAGAGUCGAUACACGAAGUAAUCAAUCAUAAAAUAAAUGAUGAUUAUGUUGACGAUGUUGAGCAAAUUGAGGAUGAAGAAGAAAGCGUUCCCGACCAAGCUCAUGAAAGUGAUGAUAUUAACAGCAGCGAUCAAGUUAUAGUUAAUAUUCUAGGGCAAAUAAAUGAAAUAGCAGAAGCACGUUUAGCAGCAAAGCGUCAAGCAAGAGCAGAGGCGCGUGAAAUUCGCAUGAGAGAGCUGGAUCGUCAACAGAAAGAAAUAGAACAAAAUGCAGAUAGGGCAUAUGAUAUGCAACAAUCGGAAGCAUUUUCAACACCACGUUCUAGAUUGACGGUAAACAAUCAUGUAGGUGUGCGAGGCAAUUCAAUGUCGUCGCGACGAAGUAGCGAAGACUCUUUGGAGGAAGAGGGAAGAAGUUUGAGGGAUCUGAGGCAUGAACUGAAGGAUGCAGAAGAGCGCUUCCGAAAGGCAAUGAUUACAAAUGCCCAGCUCGAUAAUGAACGUUCCUCACAAGCAUAUCAAAUAGAUUUACUUAAAGAUAAAUUAGAAGAAAUGGAAGAAUCAUAUGCACAGCUACAACGAGAACAUCGAGAAAAGACGAGAGCACAUGAUGCAAUAAAAAGGCAAAAUGAUAAGCUCAGCGAGGAAUUAAAACUCGUUCAAGGUCAAUUGAAUGAGCGCGACACAUUAAUUGCUGAAUAUGGUUUAGUUAUUAUAAUAGUGGAAAAUGAGGAUGGCUCUGAUGCCAAACGUGUUCUAGUCUCAAAUGAAAAUGCUCAACUUUUGAGUACAAUAGAAGGUUCAAUAGAUGUACGACUCAAAAAAUUCACAGAGGAGAAACAGGAAUUACAGAUUGAAGUGCAGAAACUCCAACAGCAGCUAAAUGACAUAAAAACACGAGGACGUAGAUCAAGUUCUGUCAAUGGAGUUAUUGAUGAUGACGAUUUUGAGGAUGCUCAACGCGAAGCAAAUAAAACAAUAAAUGACUAUAAAUAUCGAUUACAAAAAGCUGAACAAGAGAUUGCUAGUCUUCAAGCGAGCUUAGCACGUUCAGAGACUCAGGUUAUUCGUUAUAAAAGUACAGCCGAGGCAGCUGAAAAGGCAGAAGCAGAUCUUAAAGUUGAACGAAGGAAACUUCAAAGAGAGAAUCGUGAAGCUACAGAGCGCCUUGAAGAGCUGGAGACCUCAAAUAAUCAUCUAUUGAAACGAUUGGAUAAGUUAAAGAAUGCCAAAAGUGCUCUACUCAAAGAUCUUUGA